AGACGAAUUUGGCAAAGAACUUCUAAGAAGGUGGACUUUGGAGGCGCCUGUUCAGGAGACCAUUCGCUUGUUUGUACGGCAGGUCUUUGGAAAAGGGGAUUGGUUGGAGGCCUUCCAGUGCAAUUAUUGGAAUUUUGCAGGGCGCUCUUGGAGACAGUUAGUUUGGUGCACAUCAAGUUAUUUGAGCACUGGUUGCGACCAUGCAGCGGCCGCCGGGCCCCCCGUUCUCGGGGGUUCCACAGAAUGCCCUUCAGCAGCAGCUCCGGCAGCAGGCCCUAGCCCAGCAGGAAGCCGCGCUGCAACAGCAGCUCAUGCGCCAGGCGCAGGCCCAGGGACGCCCGCACCAGAUGCCACCCCCACCGCCGCAGCACUUUGCGCCACCGCCGCAGCCGGGGGGAGCAUUGCCUGCGCCGGAGGCGGGCGUGAGCGGAGCUGGGGCGGGGAAGGUGGAUGAGGCGAAGCUGGAGGAGAAGGCGCGCAAGUGGCAGCAGCUGAAUCAGAAGCGGUAUGGGGAGAAGCGCAAGUUUGGGUACGUGGACACGCAGAAGGAGGACAUGCCCCCGGAGCAUGUGCGCAAGAUCAUCCGGGACCACGGGGACAUGACGAACCGCAAGUUCCGGCGGGACAAGCGCGUGUAUCUGGGGGCGCUCAAGUUUGUGCCACACGCCGUGCUGAAGCUGCUGGAGAACAUGCCGAUGCCGUGGGAGCAGGUGCGGCACUGCAAGGUGCUGUACCACAUCACAGGGGCCAUCACGUUCGUGAAUGAGGUUCCGUGGGUUGUGGAGCCCAUCUACCUGGCGCAGUGGGGCACCAUGUGGAUCAUGAUGCGGCGCGAGAAGCGCGACCGGCGGCACUUCAAGCGCAUGCGCUUCCCUCCGUUCGAUGACGAGGAGCCACCUCUGGACUAUGCGGACAACCUGCUGGACGUGGAUCCGCUGGAGCCGAUCCAGUUGGAGCUGGACGAGGAGGAGGACAGCGCCGUGUACGACUGGUUCUACGACAGCAAGCCGCUGGUCAACACCAAGCUCAUCAACGGGCCCAGCUACCGGCGCUGGCAGCUCUCCCUGCCAAUUAUGGCCACCCUGUACAGGCUGGCGGGCCAGCUCCUGAGCGACCUGACGGACCAGAACUACUUCUACCUCUUUGACCUCAAGUCCUUCUACACGGCCAAGGCACUCAACAUGUGCAUCCCUGGGGGGCCCAAGUUUGAGCCGCUGUACCGCGACAUGGACAAGGGCGACGAGGACUGGAACGAGUUCAAUGACAUCAACAAGCUCAUCAUCCGCUCCCCCAUCCGCACCGAGUACAAGAUCGCCUUCCCGUACCUGUACAAUAACCGGCCGCGCAAGGUCGCUCUGUCCACGUACCACACCCCCAUGGUCACGUACAUCAAGGCGGAGGACCCCGACCUCCCCGCCUUCUACUUUGACCCCCUCAUCCACCCCAUACCCUUCUACAAAACCGAUCGGAAGCAGCAGAAAGACGUGGCCGGGGAGGAAGACGAGGAGGAAGACGGGUUUGCACUGCCGGAGGGGGUGGAGCCGCUGCUUGAGGAGACCCCCCUGUACACCGACACCACGACGGCCGGGAUUGCGCUGCUGUGGGCCCCGCGGCCGUUCAACCUGCGGUCGGGGCGCACGCGGCGCGCGGAGGAUGUGCCGCUGGUGGCGGGAUGGUACCGCGAGCACUGCCCGCCCAACUACCCGGUGAAGGUGCGCGUGAGCUACCAGAAGCUGCUCAAGCUGUACGUGCAGAACAGCCUCAACCGGCGGCCCCCCAAGGCGCACAAGAAGAAGUACCUCUUCAAGGCGCUUAAGAACACCAAGUUCUUCCAGUCCACCGAGCUUGACUGGGUGGAGGCCGGCCUCCAGGUGUGCAAGCAGGGGUACAACAUGCUGAACUUGCUGAUCCACCGCAAGAACCUCAACUACCUGCACCUCGACUACAACUUCAACCUCAAGCCCGUCAAGACGCUGACCACCAAGGAGCGGAAGAAGUCGCGCUUCGGCAACGCGUUCCACCUGUGCCGCGAGAUCCUGCGGCUGACCAAGCUGGUGGUGGACAGCAACGUGCAGUUCCGGCUGGGCAACGUGGACGCGUUCCAGCUGGCGGACGGGCUGCAGUAUGCGUUCAGCCACGUGGGGCAGCUCACGGGGAUGUACCGCUACAAGUACCGCCUCAUGCGCCAGAUCCGCAUGUGCAAGGACCUGAAGCACCUCAUCUACUACCGCUUCAACACGGGGCCCGUCGGAAAGGGCCCCGGCUGCGGUGUGUGGGCGCCCAUGUGGCGCGUGUGGCUCUUCUUCCUGCGCGGCAUCGUGCCGCUGCUGGAGCGGUGGCUGGGAAACCUGCUGGCGCGCCAGUUCGAGGGGCGCGCCUCCAAGGGCGUGGCCAAGACGGUGACCAAGCAGCGCGUGGAGAGCCACUACGACCUGGAGCUGCGCGCGGCCGUGAUGCACGACAUCCUGGACAUGAUGCCCGAAGGGAUCAAGCAGAACAAGGCGCGCACCAUCCUGCAGCACCUCUCCGAGGCCUGGCGCUGCUGGAAGGCCAACAUCCCCUGGAAGGUGCCCGGGCUGCCCGCCCCGAUCGAGAACAUGAUCCUGCGGUACGUCAAGUCGAAGGCGGACUGGUGGACGAACGUGGCGCACUACAACCGCGAGCGCAUCCGGCGCGGGGCCACGGUGGACAAGACGGUGUGCAAGAAGAACCUGGGGCGGCUCACGCGGCUGUGGCUCAAGGCGGAGCAGGAGCGGCAGCACAACUAUCUCAAGGACGGGCCGUACGUCACGCCGGAGGAGGCCGUCGCCAUCUACACUACCACGGUCCACUGGCUGGAGAGCCGCAAGUUCUCGCCCAUCCCGUUCCCGCCGCUGAGCUACAAGCACGACACGAAGCUGCUCAUCCUGGCGCUGGAGCGGCUCAAGGAGCCGUACAGCGUGAGCGUGCGGCUGAACCAGCAGCAGCGCGAGGAGCUGGGCCUGAUCGAGCAGGCGUACGACAACCCGCACGAGGCGCUGAGCCGCAUCAAGCGGCACCUGCUGACGCAGCGCGCGUUCAAGGAGGUGGGCAUCGAGUUUAUGGACCUGUACAGCCACCUCAUCCCCGUCACGGAGGUGGAGCCGCUCGAGAAGAUCACGGACGCGUACCUGGACCAGUACCUCUGGUACGAGGGCGACAAGCGCGGCCUGUUCCCCAACUGGGUGAAGCCCGCGGACAGCGAGCCGCCGCCGCUGCUGGUCUACAAGUGGUGCCAGGGCAUCAACAACCUGGCCGACGUCUGGGACACGGGCGACGGCGAGUGCGUCGUCAUGCUGCAGACGCGCUUCGAAAAGUUCUUCGAGAAGCUGGACCUCACCAUGCUCAACCGCCUCCUGCGCCUCAUCGUCGACCACAACCUCGCAGACUACAUGACGGCCAAGAACAACGUGAUCCUGUCGUACAAGGACAUGAGCCACACCAACAGCUACGGCCUGCUGCGCGGCCUGCAGUUUGCGUCGUUCCUGGUGCAGUACUACGGCCUGGUGCUGGACUUGCUCAUCCUGGGCCUCACGCGCGCCAGCGAGAUCGCGGGCCCGCCGCAGACGCCCAACGAGUUCCUCACCUUCCGCGAUGUCAAGACGGAGGUGAAGCACCCGAUCCGGCUGUACAGCCGCUACGUGGACCGGCUGCACAUGCUGUUCCGGUUCAGCCACGAGGAGGCGCGCGACCUCAUCCAGCGCUACCUCACGGAGCACCCCGACCCCAACAACGAGAACAUCGUGGGGUACAACAACAAAAAGUGCUGGCCGCGCGACGCGCGCAUGCGGCUGAUGAAGCACGACGUGAACCUGGGGCGCGCCGUGUUCUGGGAGGUGCGCAACCGGCUGCCGCGCAGCCUGACGAGCCUAGAGUGGGACAACAGCUUCUGCAGCGUGUACAGCCGCGACAACCCGAACCUGCUCUUCUCCAUGUCCGGCUUCGAGGUGCGCAUCCUGCCCAAGGUGCGCAUGGCCGCCGAGGGCUUCGCCUCCAAGGACGGCGUCUGGCAGCUGCAGAACGAGGCCACCAAGGAGCGCACCGCGCAGGCGUUCCUGCGCGUGGACGACGAGCACAUGAAGGUGUUCGAGAACCGCGUGCGCCAGAUCCUGAUGUCCAGCGGCAGCACGACGUUCACCAAGAUCGCCAACAAGUGGAACACGGCGCUCAUCGGGCUGAUGACCUACUUCCGCGAGGCGACGGUGCACACGGAGGAGCUGCUGGACCUGCUGGUCAAGUGCGAGAACAAGAUCCAGACGCGCAUCAAGAUCGGGCUCAACUCCAAGAUGCCCUCGCGCUUCCCGCCGUGCGUCUUCUACACGCCCAAGGAGAUCGGCGGGCUGGGCAUGCUGUCCAUGGGCCACAUCCUGAUCCCCUCCAGCGACCGCCAGUACAGCAAGCAGACCGACAUCGGGAUCACGCACUUCCGCUCCGGCAUGAGCCACGAGGAGGACCAGCUCAUUCCCAACCUCUACCGGUACAUCCAGCCGUGGGAGUCAGAGUUCAUUGACAGCCAGCGCGUGUGGGCGGAGUACGCGCUCAAGCGGCAGGAGGCGCAGGCGCAGAACCGGCGGCUGACGCUGGAGGACCUGGAGGACUCGUGGGACCGCGGCAUCCCGCGCAUCAACACGCUCUUCCAGAAGGACCGCCACACGCUCGCCUACGACAAGGGCUGGCGCGUGCGCACCGACUUCAAGCAGUACCAGAUCAUGAAGCAGAACCCGUUCUGGUGGACCCACCAGCGGCACGACGGCAAGCUGUGGAACCUGAACAACUACCGCACGGACGUCAUCCAGGCGCUGGGCGGCGUGGAGGGCAUCCUGGAGCACACGCUGUUCAAGGGCACCUACUUCCCCACCUGGGAGGGCCUCUUCUGGGAGAAGGCCUCCGGCUUCGAGGAGAGCAUGAAGUACAAGAAGCUGACCAACGCGCAGCGCUCGGGGCUCAACCAGAUCCCCAACCGGCGCUUCACGCUCUGGUGGUCGCCCACGAUCAACCGCGCGAACGUGUACGUCGGCUUCCAGGUGCAGCUGGACCUGACGGGCAUCUUCAUGCACGGCAAGAUCCCCACGCUCAAGAUCAGCCUCAUCCAGAUCUUCCGCGCGCAUCUCUGGCAGAAGGUGCACGAGAGCGUCGUCAUGGACAUCUGCCAGGUGCUGGACCAGGAGCUGGACGCGCUGGAGAUCGAGACGGUGCAGAAGGAGACGAUCCACCCGCGCAAGAGCUACAAGAUGAACAGUAGCUGCGCGGACGUGCUCCUGUUUGCGGCGUUCAAGUGGGCGAUGAGCAAGCCGAGUCUGGUGGCGGACACCAAGGACGUGUUUGACCAGAAGGCGGGCAACAAGUACUGGGUGGACGUGCAGCUGCGCUGGGGCGACUACGACAGCCACGACAUCGAGCGCUACACGCGCGCCAAGUUCCUGGACUACACCACGGACAACAUGUCCAUCUACCCCGCGCCCACCGGCGUCAUGGUCGGCAUCGACCUCGCCUACAACCUGCACUCCGCCUACGGCAACUGGUUCCCCGGGAUCAAGCCCCUCAUGGCUAAGGCGAUGGCGAAGAUCAUGAAGGCGAACCCCGCGCUUUAUGUACUGCGCGAGCGCAUCCGCAAGGGGCUGCAGCUGUACAGCAGCGAGCCGACGGAGCCGUACCUGAGCAGCCAGAACUACGGCGAGCUGUUCAGCAACCAGAUCAUCUGGUUCGUGGACGACACCAACGUGUACCGCGUCACCAUCCACAAGACGUUCGAGGGCAACCUGACGACCAAGCCCAUCAACGGCGCCAUCUUCAUCUUCAACCCGCGCACGGGCCAGCUCUUCCUCAAGAUCAUCCACACCUCCGUGUGGGCCGGCCAGAAGCGGCUGGGCCAGCUGGCCAAGUGGAAGACGGCGGAGGAGGUGGCCGCGCUGGUGCGCAGCCUGCCGGUGGAGGAGCAGCCGAAGCAGAUCAUCGUGACGCGCAAGGGCAUGCUGGACCCGCUGGAGGUGCACCUGCUCGACUUCCCCAACAUCGUCAUCAAGGGCUCCGAGCUGCAGCUGCCCUUCCAGGCGUGCCUCAAGAUCGAAAAGUUUGGCGACCUCAUCCUCAAGGCCACCGAGCCGCAGAUGGUGCUCUUCAACAUCUACGACGACUGGCUGCGCACCAUCAGCAGCUACACCGCCUUCUCGCGCCUCAUCCUCAUCCUGCGCUCCCUCCACGUCAACAACGAGAAGGCCAAGAUGCUGCUCCGCCCCGACAAGACGGUCGUCACGGAGGCGCACCACAUCUGGCCGUCCCUCAGCGAUGAGCAGUGGAUCAAGGUGGAGGUCGCGCUGCGGGACCUCAUCCUGGCGGACUACGCCAAGAAGAACAACGUCAACACGAGCGCGCUCACGCAGUCCGAGAUCCGCGACAUCAUCCUGGGGGCGGAGAUCACGCCGCCCAGCCAGCAGCGGCAGCAGAUCGCGGAGAUCGAGAAGCAGGCCAAGGAGGCGAGCCAGCUGCAGGCGGUGACGACGCGCACGACCAACGUGCACGGCGACGAGCUGAUCGUGACCACGACCAGCCCGUACGAGCAGGCGGCGCUGGUGUCCAAGACGGACUGGCGCGUGCGGGCCAUCAGCAGCACCAACCUGCACCUGCGCGUCAACCACAUCUACGUCAACAACGCGGACCUCAAGGAGACCGGCUUCACCUACGUCAUGCCCAAGAACGUCCUCAAAAAGUUCAUCUGCAUCGCCGACCUCCGCACCCAGAUCGCAGGGUACCUGUACGGGCUGUCCCCCCCCGACAACCCGGCCGUGAAGGAGAUUCGCGCGGUGGUCCUCCCGCCGCAGGUGGGCAACCACCAGCAGGUGGUGCUCCCGGCGGGCCUGCCCGAGCAUGAGUACCUGGCGGACCUGGAGCCGCUGGGCUGGAUCCACACGCAGCCCAACGAGCUGACGCAGCUCAACCCGGCGGACGUGACGCAGCACGCGCGCAUCCUGGAGCAGCACAAGGCCUGGGACGGCGAGCGGUGCAUCAUCAUCACGUGCUCCUUCACGCCCGGGUCGUGCAGCCUGGCCGCCUACAAGCUGACGCCAGCGGGCUACGAGUGGGGCCGCAACAACAAGGACAGCGGGAGCAACCCGCAGGGCUACCUGCCCACGCACUACGAAAAAGUGCAGAUGCUGCUGAGCGACCGCUUCAUGGGCUUCUACAUGGUCCCCGACCCGGGCAGCUGGAAUUACAACUUCAUGGGCGUGCGCCACAGCGCCAGCAUGAAGUACGGCCUGCGCCUGGCGCCGCCCAAGGAGUUCUACCACGAGGCGCACCGCCCCACGCACUUCCUCGAGUUCAGCACCAUCGAGGAGCAGGAGGCCGUCGGCGAGGCCGACCGGGAAGACCUCUUUGUAUAAGCGGGAAGGCGCUCACAGAUCGGGGGCCGGAAGUUGAGAUGACCAGUCGAAAGUAGAAUAAACACGUUGAAAGGGUCACGCGCUGUCCAGUCUGUGUCGGUCAUUGUAUAUUACAGCAAGCUUCUGGACCAUUUCUUGUAUUGGUUCCUUCCAAAAUUUCGAGAUCUUGUUUUCGACUGACAGCCCGCGCGCAAACACAAAGCACAC